AUAUCGAAUAAGUUCUUCCGCAGUUGACCUCGAUCCCCGAUCCACGUCCCUCCUUUCACUUUAAAACUUCUUCCCGGACACCUGACGAUGUCGAAGAACUUACCUGCACAUUCUGUAACGAAUCAGUCUGUAACUCAGUUUGCCCUGGUACACUUGUGUCUUAGUCUCUCCGGCUUUUACAUUUCACUUUCACUGAUUCGAGAAAGAUGGAAUCAUGCAUCCAUUGAAUACCUAAUGAAAAAAUCAAUAUAAGAGAUCAAACGUUAUUUAAAGCAAUGGCUACGUUCGCAAAGAUCUCGAUUUUAAGACUGAGCAUCGUGAUCUUCCUCCUCUGCGACUAUGCUACGAGUCUGAUUAUACCGGAAGAACUUCCUACGAUACUUUCGCUAAUUUAUUCGAACAUACCGCCAAUAAAAAAAGGAACGGACUCAAGACUUGGCAUUGGUUUUCGGCUCGGCGAACAUGCUGAUUUUCAAAUUCUCUUUGAAUUAGGACCUCAAACUGAUACCGAUCCAAUUGGUACCAACGAAUCCAAGAAAAGAAGAGACGCGAUGUACAUGGCUGCGAUGAAGGGAGAAUUAGGCCCUUUGGCACAAGCUAUAGCAAAAUAUCAAACUGAACGUAGGAUAUAUGAGGAAUUAGAAAAGCUCAAGAAGCUCGAGGAAAAGAUGAAGAAUGUUGAAGUUCAGAAUACGGAAAAUAAUAAAAAUGAUACUUCCAGCGAUUGGUUGGUAAACUGGAGUAAGGAAAUGUCAAAGUCCUCCGUGACUCAAGUGCCAUUAAAACAAGUUUCCAAUGAGGAAAUUUCUUUAAAUACCAGCGGUAGUAAUCAAAAAACCCAGUCUGCUGUGAGCAAGGAGAAACUAGAAGAACUAAAAAAAUUAUAUAAAUCAGUGACAGUUGAUAAUAAAACUUAAAUUUGUAUAUAAGACAAUGCUUACGCGCGACAUGAAGUCAUUUCCCGUAAUAUGUACUGUAAUAGAGACAAAAAAAAACAAAAAACAAAAAACAAAUUUCAUAUAAUAAUAAUUUACACGUAACGUUUAUUAUAUUUAUUAAUUAAACAUCUUUUAUACAAGCAACAGAAUUAAUAUUAAAUCUGUAACACAGCUUAGGCAAAGAGAAUUUUUGUCGAGAAGGUAUUUUCAUGCGGUAUUAUUUCUCUUUUUCUAAAUAUAUAUGUAUGCGUGUGUGUGUGUGUGUGUGUGUGUGUGUCUGUGUGUGUAUGUAUAUUGUGAAUAUUUUGUAUUACAUAUAUUUCUUUUAAUCAAAGCUAUGCUAAGCUUUCUAUGUGAGAUAAAUGUGAUAUUAAUAUCAUCUGAAGAAAAAGUGUAAUGGUUUGAUGAAAAUGACCUGAAUACAAAUAGUUACAAAUA